CUGGAUUCGGCCGCUAGCUGAGAAAAGAAGAGAAAAAAGACGCGCAAUCCACUUUUCGUAACCAUUUUACACCUUUAUAAAAAGAACCCAUCAUGGCACAACACAUGGAAAUUGACUUUGACGUACCCAAGUUUCUCGCUGAGACAAGACAAAAGGCACCUUCUCACUUACAACAUUUCUUUUCAACCUUUGAAGAUUAUUAUGAGAGAAAACUGUGGCAUCAACUCACUUUAAAGAUCCUCGAAUUCUUUAAAGAACCUGAAUCAGAUUCGUUCAAGAUUCCAGUUUUUCAACAAUUUGUUGCCGAGUGGGAAGACAAAAUCAAUAAACUCUCUCUUGUUACUAUUGCAAGACAGGCAGCUACUCAGUUUUCAGAUUUGAAUGAAUCUGCCGAGUUUAUGAGAGAAAUUGUAAAGAAAGUAGACACACCUGAAACUCACGAUGUUUACGUGCUUGCAUCCAUGGAGGUUGCUCACUAUUUAUUAAAGACCGGCCAAGUCGAAUCAGUAAAGAAAACCAUUGAUGAAUCAGAAAAAAUCUUGGACAAGUUUGAUAGUGUAGAAACGAGCAUUUACGCCAGCUUUUAUCGUGUGAGCGCAGAGUAUUAUAAAGGACAAGCAAAUUACGCACAGUAUUACAAGAACGCGUUGCUGUAUUUAUCUUGUAUUGACAUUCAAGAGCUGACUGUGAUGGAACGAAUGGAAAGAGCCUAUGACCUGUCACUCUCUGCCCUGUUAGGAGAGAUGAUAUAUAACUUUGGUGAAUUGUUGAUGCAUCCUAUUCUUGACUCACUUUCUGGAACUGAGCAUGACUGGCUUCGAUCUCUGUUAUUUGCCUUCAACGCUGGUGACAUUGGAAAGUUUGAAGCCUUGGCCCCUCAUUUCCCCAAGCAACCUUUACUUGAACAAAACAAGGCUGCCCUUCGUCGAAAGAUUUGCUUGAUGUCAUUGAUUGAAGCAGUGUUCAUUCGCUCAACAGAUAACCGUUCAAUUCCCUUUUCAGAAAUUGCUGCAGAAACUCGUCUUUCGUUGGACGAAGUAGAACAUCUUGUCAUGAAGGCAUUAUCCUUAAACUUGAUCCGUGGAUCCAUUGAUCAAGUAGAUCAAAUUGUGGUUGUCACUUGGGUGCAACCACGCGUUCUAGACAAAGAACAAAUUGACGGAAUGAGACGUAGACUUGAGGAAUGGGAUAACCAGGUUAAAAGGAUCAGUGCGUUCGUUGGUGAACAAGGGGGCGAAGUGUUUGCUUAAUAAAAUAUUUACAAUAAAUGACACAUCGAAUUAUCCGAUAGUCCACUGAACGGAAUUUUUAACCCAUGAAGAACAAGUCAUUUUCAUAAUACUAUUUAAUUUAACAGUAGUUCUGUAAAGAAUUUUUG